AGACUUUGCCGAUCAUCAAAGCUGUGGUACGUGCUUUCAAAAACCUUGGCUGAAGAUUCUGCCUGGAAAUUUGCAAAAGAGAAGGGUAUGGAACUGGUUACCAUAAACCCAGCAAUGGUGAUUGGUCCUCUCUUACAGCCAACUCUUAAUACCAGUGCUGCAGCAGUUUUAAGCUUAAUUAAAGGAGCACAUACCUUCCCGAAUGCAACUUUUGGAUGGGUCAAUGUUAAAGAUGUUGCUAAUGCACAUAUUCAAGCAUUUGAAAUUCCAUCAGCCAGUGGAAGAUAUUGUUUGGUUGAGAGAGUUGCACAUUAUUCGGAAGUUGUGAAGAUUUUACGCCAGUACUACCCUGCUUUCCAACUUCCAGAGAAGUGUGCAGAUGACAAGCCAUAUGUGCCGACAUAUCAGGUGUCGAAAGAAAGAGCAAAAGAGCUGGGUAUUGAGUUCAUUCCAUUGGAAGUGAGCAUCAAGGAAACAGUUGAGACGUUGAAGGAAAAGGGAUUUGUGCAGUUCUGAGUCUUUUCUUAUAUAGUUUGUUUGGAAAUAAAAUGACGGUGACCUCCUAUCAAACCUUUUGUCUUAUGCUGGUCGCUGCUUUUUUAUCAUAUCCAUGGAGUCCCUUGCUUCUUGUUUAUACUUAUCUAUAUACAUCUCUUAGCUUCAUUAUGCGAACA